CCGGCAGUGUACGGCCGGCCGCUACAUCGCGCGGACGGGUGCACGAUGCGCGCGCGGUGAAACAAACAAUCGCGAUGCUGUUCGAGAGUCCCAACGCGAAACUGUACCCGGCGUUCAACAUCCCGCCGCCCGUGAGGCUCAGUGGGGCGCUGGGCGGUGUGGAGGUGCUGGAUGGAGGGCUGGUGGGCGGCGAGCUGACGGCUCACGUGCUGAGCGCGCAGGCGGCCGCGCACGCCGCCGCCACGGCCGCCGCGGCCGCGCACCAGCAACACCAGCAACAGCAGAUUGCUGUGCAGCAAAUCAACCCCUAUUUCCCAACAGAAACAUCCCCGUCAUCUGGGCGGUCUACCCCAGUGACGUCACAAGCCAAUGGCACAGCCCCCGCACCCACGGGGAGCACCUCACCGUCGCCGAGCAAGCUGUUUGUGGGCGGGCUCAGCUGGCAGACUAGCUCGGAGAAGCUAAGAGAGUAUUUUGCCAUGUUCGGACCAGUUACCGAUGUGCUGAUCAUGAAAGAUCCUGUGACACAGAGAUCGCGCGGCUUCGGCUUCAUCACGUUCCAGGAGGCGUCCUCCGUGGACAAAGUGCUGGCCGUGCCGGUGCACACGCUGGACGGCAAGCGCAUCGACCCCAAGCACGCCACGCCCAAGUCCGCGCCGCGCCCCGCCAAGACCAAGAAGAUAUUCGUCGGCGGCGUCGGCCAGGACACGUCCGCCGAGGAGGUCAGGUCUUACUUCUCACAGUUCGGGCUCGUCGAGGACGCCGUCAUGCUCAUGGACCAGCAGACCAAGCGCCACCGCGGCUUCGGCUUCGUCACCUUCCACUCGGAGGAGGCGGUGGAGCGCGUCUGCGACAUCCACUUCCACACGAUCAAGAACAAGAAGGUGGAGUGCAAGCGCGCGCAGCCCAAGGAGGCCGUCGCGGCCGCGCCGCUCGCGCUCGGCAAGCGGCUCGUGCUGCGGCCCGGCCGCGGGCUCGUGUACGCCGCCAGCGGCGUGGGCGCCGUGCCCGCCGUGGGCGCCGCGCACGCCUACCGCUACGCGCCGUACGCGCUGCCCACGGCCGCCACGGCGGCGACGGCGCUGGUGGCGCCCCCGCAGCCGGCGCCGGCGCCCGCGCUGCCGCAGUUCGGCGCCGCGUACUCGCUGGCCGGCGUGGACAUGUCGUCGUUCCAGGGCGUGGACUGGGGCGCCAUGUACGGCCUGCCCAUGUACAUCUAAACGGUAACGAGCAAUAUUCACAUGAAAACCCCACCCGCCUACAGAGGUUAGGUUCUUAGCUCGGCUAUUUUAUUUCUUACGAUAGAGUUCCUACGUACUAUUUUUGUUUAAUUAAGGUGUUUGUCUUGCCGCGUACUCGCAGUGGCCACAAGAGGGAAUGAUCAGUAUUCGAACGUAGUUAAGAUGUUUAUUGGCUCAUUAAACUUAGUGUAAGGCAGUUACAAGCAAUACUUUGCCCGCUACGGGCGUCAAAGAGAACGCAUUUCAUUUUUUUUUUAUUAAAAAGUUAAUUUAUUAAGGCGACUCCCAACGGAGACGCUGCAGUAGGAGACACGGCCCACGUUGUGUCGUACCCGAGUCACUCUGUCUAGUAGACGCGUGUGACUCGCAGCUACACUAGUGCAGGCGUCGUGCUCUGUCCGACAGCUCGCGUCGUUGCGUGUCCCCUUAACUUUUAAAUAUUAAGGCGAAGAUCUCAAAUAAUUUAGUUGCGAUAAAAAAAAACUAAUUUUUUUCUUAUAUUUUGUCUUUGAUAUUUUGUAAUUUAGUGUAGACGUAGUGCACGAUUGUUUGGCGAUACAUUAACCGUUUGAUAUUAUUUAUGAUGACUCGACUGUAUUUUAUGAAUCUCAUACGCAGCUGUAUUUUUAUGGUAAACGAUAUAGGAUUUAAUAUAUACCUCUCUAUAUAUACAUUCGCGGCGAGAAUGACGCUGUGUGACUGCGCUAACUCUCAAUUAUAAUUAUUCUAAAAUAAUAUUUAAACAUCUACCCUCAAAUUUAAAACAAAAUUAGGCAAUUCUAUUGGAUUACUCUCAUCCCGCACUCAGGCGCGGGACUGUAGAUAAAUUAAAUUAAAAAAAUAUAUAAAUAAAAUUAGGCUAAAAAAAAAGUAUUAAAAACUCAAAUGAUUAAAAAGGAAAUGGUAGAAAAUGUCAGUAUUAUUAUUAACGGUGCCAUUUCGCUAGGAACAUACGUUUGUGCCAAAUUUCGCUCAGUUUUGUGUUUAGAGAACUCUUUUUUAAUUAAGCUUCUAUCAUGACGAAUGACAACUACUGUCAGCUGUCAGCUGUCAACUUGACAUGUGUCAAAAGCUGGUUUGUGACGUCACAAGGCAGUCCCGCCAAGCGCUACGUCACACGGCGUCGGCCGCUCUGCUCACGACUCUCAUACAUAUCGGACGAGCGGAAAAGCAAUCUCAUUCUACAAUAGUAUUAUAAAUUGACAUACGUAGAUAUAGUACUCGCGCUAUCCUGGUACAUUUUGCCCUUUAAAAAGGCAGCUCUACUUAAUAAAAGGCAAUAUAUCAUAUACUUGAUACUGAUAUCCAAAAUUAAGCAAUAUUUUCUUCAAAAAUUUUGGAUGGAAAAGGCGAAAAUGUACCAGGAUAGCAGAGGUUUAGUUUACAUACAAUUAAUUUAGUUUAGCGUGUAUGAGUGUGCGACUAACACCUGUGUAACGUGACAAUAAGCUAAGUAUAUAAGCCGCCGUAGAUUGUCAUGGCCGCGCGACUUCGCCCCCACUGUCCUAUGUUUACAUUAGAAAGUAAAUAACUUUGGUUUUUUCAAGCCUACUGAGCUGGGCCCGCGUUGGGCGCCAAUUUGUUGGGUGUUGUCUUUGAAGAUUUUAAUAUUGUUAGAAAAGUAUCUGAAUCUUUUUAAAUGUGACAGAGAUGAAAAUGUCUUUAAUAUUAGUCCAAAUAUAAAAUCUGAACUAUCUGAGCUAUUGAAUAUGCAAGUAAGAAAAGAAAGAAUGUUUCAGUACAGAGACAGUAGCUAUUGUUAUACUAAAUUAUUAUGGUUUUUGAUGAAGCCAUCGCCCGAAUACUCAAACGCUACUCAAUUUUAAGUAGUACUAAAAUAUCGUGCUGUCUCUGUCAUUUUAUAAAGAAUUGAAGCCAUCGCCCGAAUACUCAAACGCUACUCAAUUUUAAGUAGUACUUAAAUAUCGUGCUGUCUCUGUCAUUUUAUGAAGAUAGUGACAGAACUACAUUUGAAAGCGUCUUUAAAUUGAGUAGUGUUUGAGUAUUCGGGCACAUAUCUUUUGAAGUAACCAAACAGUGGUUACUGUCUCUGUACUAAAUCAUGUUUAUUUUCUUACCUGCAUUCUAAACUAAAAACUAUUGAAAUAUAUAUUGAGAAAAGCUCAACUAGUUUUGAGUCACAAAGGGACUCUUCUACACGAACAUUGAGCACAGACUUCCAAAAGAGUGCUAAAUCUCUUCCUUUUUUAACCCCCUAUUACAUGGGACUUAUAACACAAAUGUUGAAAAGUCGACUGUAAAUUGUACAGUGGCAUUACGUGCCGUAAUGUGCACCUCUGCCUACCCCUGACGUUGCUCAUCUUUCUUCUAAGGCAAUAUCCAACAAAAUGUCCUCAGGAAGCAUGUUUACGUCCUUAUUAUAGAGAGUACUUAAUUUAUCAAAACGUAGCUUUAGACUCAAAAGCAAUAUAAUGUGAUUAGUGUGUGUAAAAGACAAAGAUGGUUGUGUUUGUGCAAUUCCUAGGUUUAAGCGGUGAUCUGGACUUAGUCCUAAGACCAGCAGUAUUAAAAACCCGGACGUGACUUUUCCAAAAUUUUUUGGUCCCCCCCCUAACUCUAAAAUCUAUAAAGUUUCCUAAAUGUGAUCUUGUACUUAAAAUAUUUACUCAAAAAUCUCAAUAAGUUACAUUAAAAUAUCUCAUACUUAUUACUUGGGACUAUCCCAAAAGAUAUCACAAUAAAAAACGGAGAAUUUCGUGUAACGUCUAUUACUAAAGUACUUAAAUUCCCUAUACAUAUUUAUAUUAGCGUAUAUUUUGGACGCAGGCGAGGCCGCGCGGCAGGCGUAGUGCAGUAUGCAUGGUAGCUUGGUCGGCUAUAUUCCUUACCAGCCGACGCACUUGUAACCGGAGCGUGUGGAAAUUUUAAGAUAAAACAAAAUGAGGGUAGUUGGGUGUGUAGUGGUCCCAUGCUGGGCGCCAACAGCCAAUAUGUAGACUGCACUCUUCAUACAGGCUAAACUGUUCUAUUUAUUGUUGCGGUGAGUGAUAUUAUGUAUCUGUUAUUUAUUUAUUUUACUCUGUGUUGUAUUACGUGUCGUAUCGAGACAGUUUCCACACGCCACGGCUACCGUAUGCUAUGAUAUUCACAUUAUGUAUACACAUACCUAUCCUUACUAUAUAGCAGUAUUCUAGCAUAAGUAGGAUUAGAAACCUCCUGAGAUUAAUCGGCACGGCACGCGCUCUCUCCUUAUAUACUAUAUAACCAGAUUGUGUAGACUCGAAUGUUUUAUUGUGAAUAAACUCAGUAACUAACAUGGUCAGGAAUUGAUUUUGAUACUUGUAAUGAUUGUUUAACGGUAGUCUGACAGCGCGUGCCUGCGUCACCCGACAGAUACACCUCUUGUACAUUAGCGGUCGAUUCCUGAGACACCAGUAGAGUGGUUGACUGUGUCAUGUGACAGCCGCGUGCUUCGUAUCUUGCCAAAUUAGAUAGAGGGCGGCCAGUGUGGGGACGCGAAGGAGCGACCAACGAGACUGCGGCCUGUCGCCCGUAACUCUGUGUACAUUGUAGUAGUCGCCACUAACGCAUGCGCAGACCAUCCUCUACAUCUCUGCCUGUCACACGUUGCGUCCACUUCCCCCGCGCCCUCACACGAACGUUGUAAUGUACUUAACUUUGUUUUCAUAUAUUGUACUGUUCCGACUUCCCUACGGGUGGAGCCAGCACCCUUUGGUUACUGGUGGCCGGCCCCCCGCGGCCGAGUGACGGCGCCCCCCCCCGUGCAGUGUGCCGUGCCGUGCUUGGGUAGAGGAGCACGGAGCCGACGUCACUCGGCCGCGCCCGCCGGCUGUAGGCUUAGUGUAGAGUUAGAAGGAGUUUGCCCGCUGUAAGAUGGAGCACUUAGUAAACCUGAUGUGUCAUUACAUGGAUAUAAUAUUAGAAAUUAAAAUUGUGUGUUUUAUUUAGCGUGGGACUUCCUGCUGGGUUUGGUUUGUUGUAUUUUACACUACUUUUUUUAUCUUUCUAGAUAGUUUGCACGUUGAACUUGUAGUAUUUAGUUAUGGGGUUGCCAUCUACACUUGGCUUUAAAACUGUGAUUAAUUACAUUUUAAUGUUAGGGCGAUCCCGACAGGCACUCGAUGGAAGUUGUAAGCUAUCUACUAAUAAGUUGGCAACCCUAGUGCGAUAUCGCUCGGUAUAGGAGGGUGGGACUCCUGGAUGGUAAGUGCCGCGAGUCGCGACCAGCAUGCGCGUACCAAAUGUGAUGUACUCGUGACUAACUCAAGACUUGACGAGAGAGAGACAGCAUGGUCGGCAUGAGGCGAUGAAUGAUACGUAAUCAAUUGUAAUCUUCCAUACAAUAUACUUCACUGUCAAUUUACUAAGGCAAAUGCCACACGUUGGUUGUGAUGCGUGCUAUUAAAAUAUUCCUUUUAAAGCGUAACUUUAAAAGGAAUAUUGUAUACGUAGACACGUAGUUUAGACCUAUAGACGCUUCGCUUCGGGCCCACAGGUCUUCCUGAUGUGACGAUUGUUUUGCCAAACGAAACAGGCCAAACUUUAGCCAAACGUUAAUUUUGCUCAACGUUGCGAGGUCGCAGUCGUGUGUACAUGUGCGAGGACUCGCGACACGGGAUAUUUUGCCAAACUAAACAAACGGACAUACGCCAGAGUAGCUUAAGGACGUGACAAUAAUAGUACGGGAUGUUGCCAACUCGACGCUGGUACUGUUUAUCUCUCGGUUGCCAUAUUCGUCAAUACAUUCCUCUCUAGUCAUUUUUUUUUAUUUAUUUUUCUUAAAAUUUGGCGGGAAACUGAUAUACAGAGUCUUAUCUUGCUCAAUACUUAUUCUUGCCUAGUUGUAGUUAAUUUCUAUCGAUAAUAAGCUUGACGCAGUAGUGAUGUGCCAUACACCAGAUAUGCCAUAGCACGCAAACGAUAAACUAGUGAUGUGCUUGUUCGCUCCAGGCUCACUGGACCAAAUGUAAACAGCAUUGGAAAAAAAUAUAUUAUAUAUUCUUAAUUAUGUAAGAUUACUAAGAUAUACAUAAAUAUACAAUUUUUGGAUUGGUAUAAUGUUAAAUUGAAGAUAAAAAUACUAUGUUGUGUGUUUUUAAUGUAUGGCAAUGCUAGAGUAGUGUUGUAGCGUAGACAUUUUGAAGUUUUACAUAACAUAUGGUAAAUAUGACUAACCGAAAGCAAUAACAUUUAAUAUUACUACAGCACGCGCGCGCUGCGGCUUGCACGAGGACUAGUGGAAAUAACGAUAAGUUGGACGUGUGUCGGUUGAUGUUGCCAGACUAAAAUAUUCAAAAACUACUAACAUUCAACUAAAACUAUGGAAAAAAUGCAUUUUUAUACACAAACGGAAUCUCUAAAAGAGUUUUGAACGUCAAUGCGACACACAGUAAAAUAGAAAAUUAAAGAUUUAAGUAUAAUGCACUUGGCUAAGUAUCGACUGGGCACGGCAGCGCGCGCAUCGUUAGAGUUAUUAUAAUUAUACACACAUGCAUACAAAUACAAAUAUUUUUGUAUAAUUAGGUAUCUGUGUAACGUAGAGUGUUGAUUAAACUUGUACUUUUUAAUGGUAAGCGAUACAAGACGAGUUGCUUGUGUUCGCCGAUAGAUGUCACUGUUAUAUAGUACUGUUGUUGUGGUCUUGAAUUCUUAGCCUUUUUUUAAGAGGGAAAAUCAUCCAAUGUCUUCUCCCGCCUUGGGCGAGGCGAGAGGGAGUGUCAAACUCUUACUGACUAAACACCACCCCGUUCCUUCGAGCCGGAUCCCAGGUAAUCCCGCCCUACUGGGCUCCAUCUGUGGUGGUCUGAUGGCUCUUUGAGGCGCCCGCAGAACGCGACGCGCCGUACGCAUGAAUUCAUAGCCUAAAUCAAUUAUAUCAAUGAAUGGUUCCUAAGCCCCCGAAAGAGCGGCACAGCUUUUGUAACCAGAGAAGUCUGGUUAUGCGGUCCGUACGAUGCGGAUCAGUGGACGCAGUUGUAUGAGUUUCUAUACAAGACAAACUAAAAUCCGUUGCGUGCGAUGCGUACGAUGCGGGCAUGUGGACGCUUACCUUUAGAUUGUGCGGACUGUAAUAUUAAACUCAUUUAUAGUUUCGUCUUUAGAGUAAAAGUUUCUCGAUUCUUUGAAAUCCAUUUCCUAUAACAUGGAUAGCCAAUUACUGAGAGUUGAACAUAAAAAGACUCCUCAAGUCCGCAAAUUACGGUUUCUAAGAUUGCGUCUCCUAAUUGGAAUUUUCUAAUUAAAUCCCAACGUUUUGUUUCUGUACCCUUAGUAUGAGUUUGUUUUACGUUUUAAAGUAAGCUCUGAUUGGUUGGUUCAUUCGAGCUGGCCAAUCAAAGCGCCGAACGCGCGGUUUUCGUUCAACGUAAAGAAAACUCUUACUAAGGCUACAGAACACCUUUUCCUGCAAAUUUUCUAUAAAUAGUUUGGCCUACUUGUCAUGUUUUGAUGACUUUUUUGAUAGAAAUAACUUAUGCCAAACUCCAUAAUUUAGAGCGUUCAUAUACACCCAUGCAGACAAAAAGCCUAAAGCGCCACCUAUAACUCUUUCGCAACAAGUACGUACUAUAAUAUUUAGUCAGUUUUUCGGCUUUCACGUAACUGUUUGACGAGGAACUCGACUAGUAUCAAGCCAUGCUAGAGGCUCAUAUUCUUAAGCAACAUACUUCUUUAGCUUCCAACGUAUCUAGGCAAACUUCCUUGUGCGAACUGCUAGGGAGUGAAAUUCUUUGCCGGAGUCUGUAUUUCCUGAUGGGUAUAACCUGGGUGUCUUCAAAGCCCGAGUGAAUAGGUUGCUUAUGGGCAGACGUGCUCCAUCGUAGGCCGCAUCAUUGCUUACCAUUUGGCAAGAUAGCGGCCAAACGUCGACCCAUCAAAUGUAUAAUUUUCCGAAUUCAAGAUCACUCGAGAAUUCUAUAACAGUGACAUCAUCACGACACAGGCGACGCGUAAAUGUCGUCGAGCCGAUAUUAUUACAUUUUACAUUGUUGAAUAAGCGACAGAGUGUGGCGCAAUGUUUAUUGUGUAGGGCGCUCGCGCCGACGCUUGAGCGCGUGCGGCCAUGUUUCUUUUAAUGUCAAAGUUUUCUUUUUAAAUCGCGUCGCGGCACGUUGCCCUUUAGCUAUGCGGUAUUAGACUUUCAAUUUUAUAUGAUUAUGAUUAUUAAAUGGUUUUUUUUUUGUUGUUGGGAAAUCGUGUGUUAAAAUAUUCAAUCGCACGAUUUCUAAUUUUUUUUUUUUAUUGGUGUUCGGAGUCGGAGGGACUGUUUUUUUAGUUUUGAUUUUGAAUGAUCUUUCAAAAUUCUGUGAUAAAUGCCGGACAGAGUCUGGCUAUGUACUUGUAGUAUUGUUAUUUAUUUUAGUUUUAGUAUUGUUAGCGCAACCUGCCGCGACGUGAUCGUUAUUUCCUUCAGAAACUUGGUGGCACUAUGGAUUUGCGUCCAAACUCCGCGUAGUCAUGUCUACAUUCCUUUUAUGUAUAUUUUUAACGGAUUACUGCAUUUUAUUUAUUAUGGUAGUUAUAAAAAUUAUAGUUUAUCAUAGACAAUUUAGUGAUGGGCUGUUUUUUUAUUUACGUAUUAUCCACCGGCUAUAAUAGAGGUUUCCUUGUUUCUGUUACUAGAUGGCGCUAGUGUGACCCGAGUUUUCAUUGUUAGGUGUACUUAGUUGUAAAAUACAGUUUGAAAUAAAAAUAUUAUUGUGUACUCUGACAAAGUUGUAAACAUGUUUGGCCUAAUUUUUCUAUUUAGGAUAAACGAAUGAGCAAUAAAUAAAGUAAGUUUGGAUGUUCCGCUGUCGGCUUGCGGUCACGUGGCGCCAUCUAGUGGCCACACUAUGGAAGUACUCAGUUUGUGCAAUUGAACAGAGUUACUGUAUGUAUAUGUUGCGGUACCGCGGUACCCCGUAGUUACGGUUGGGACGGGCGCGUAGCUGCGUAGACACAUUCGACUACGCCAGACUACGCGCCCCAAGCAUAGUGUGGUGUAAUGUCUAUGCGCAGGGAGUAAGCUUUGCCGCAAGGAGUAUUAUUAAUGAAUGUUUUGUAUAAUUAAUGUAGAAUAUUAUUUUACAACGUUACUAGGCAUAGUCGGGCUCUCUAGCCCCCUAGCUAGUGGACGCAGUAGUGCGCCGGCCGCGCGCCUCCUUCAGCCAUUAACAAUAAUAUGGUUCAUCUUCACUUAGAGACAAGUAUUAGAAAAAAUAAUAAAAUGGUAACACAACA